UUAAUUUUUCUUUUAUUUCACGCAGGCUACGAACAGCCGUACGAGCCCCCGCACUACAAAUAUCCUGCGACGCUUGCGCCGCCACUUCAUGUUCUCAUACAGGCAAGCAACGGAGCCUCGGACUACGGAAACAAGUUUGGAGAGCCAGUGAUUUCCGGUUUUGCCAUUUCCUAUGGGUUAAAUAGUGCAGAUGAUACGCGGAAUGAGUACGUAAAACCGAUUAUGUUCAGCGGUGGCCUAGGCACCAUGCCGGCAUCAAUGCGCGAGAAGCUGCCACCGACUCGUGGUCAGUUGCUAGCCAAGAUUGGAGGUCCCGUGUACAGGAUAGGAGUGGGGGGCGGCGCUGCAAGCUCCCUAGAAAUACAAGGAUCCGGAGAUGCAGAACUGGACUUCAACGCCGUCCAGCGGGGAGACGCCGAAAUGGAAAACAAGUUAAAUCGGGUAGUGCGCGCCUGUCUAGAACUGGGCGACCAAAAUCCUAUACUGGCCAUUCAUGACCAGGGGGCAAUGACCAUUCAUGGCAAUGGUAACGUCCUCAAAGAACUGGUUGAACCAGGGUUUGCCGGAGCCAUUAUAUUUUUCAAGGAAUUCCAGCUAGGGGAUCCCACAAUUACCGCCCUUGAACUGUGGGGCGCUGAGUACCAGGAGAACAACGCCAUUCUCUGCAAGGCAGAUCAUCGGAUCUGCCGGCGCGAACGCUGCCCUAUAAGCUUCGUGGGAGUGGUGACUGGGGAUGGGCGUGUGACACUGCUAGAGAGUUCUUCCCCCAAGGAUUUUGAACAGGCUCUGAACGAAUUUAAUUGCAGCACAGCAUACCCUUUCGAUUUGGAGCUCAAGUAUGUUUUGGGCGAUAUGCCAAAGAGAACAUACGACUUGAAACGCGAACUGAGGCAGCUAAGAGAACUGUGUCUACCAAAAGACUUGCGGCUGGACGAGGCUUUGGAGAGAGUUCUUAGCUUAGUGGCUGUUGGUAGUAAGCGCUUCCUCACUAACAAGGUUGAUCGCUGUGUCGGAGGAUUGAUCGUGCAGCAACAGUGUGUGGGCCCGCUUCAGGCUCCACUUGCGGACUACGCCUUAGCAACUUUCUCCCAUUUUAGCAAUGCCGGCAUCGCCACCUCAAUUGGUACCCAGCCACUCAAGGGACUGCUUGAUCCUGCCGCAAUGGCUAGGAUGUGUGUCGCUGAAGCGCUGAGUAACCUCGUAUUUGUAAAGAUAAGUCAACUGGCAGACGUCAAGUGCUCAGGUAAUUGGAUGUGGGCUGCAAAGCUGCCCGGGGAGGGCGCCAGGAUGUUUGACGCCUGCAAGGAGCUCUGUCACAUUCUUGAGGAGCUGCAAAUUGUUUUCGACGGGGGAAAAGAGUUCAUGGCUGCCAAGGUUGGGAACGACACAAUAAAGUCCCCAGGUACUCUUGUCAUCUCCACAUACGCUCCAUGUCCGGAUGUGCGGCUUAGGGUUACACCUGAUCUUAAGGGACCCAGCUCGGACUUUAAGUCUGCGCUGCUCUGGAUAAAUCUGGAAAGCAGCCUUCGCUUGGGUGGUUCAGCUCUGGCACAGGCAUACGCUCAGCAGGGCAAUGAGACGCCUAACUUAACGAGAAGUGAUCUGCUUGGCAAGGCAUUUAAAAUCACUCAAUCGUUAUUGGUAGAUGGCCUUCUUAAGGCAGGACACGAUGUCAGCGACGGAGAAUUGAUCGUUUGCCUAUUGGAGAUGGCUAUAGGUGGGCUGAGUGGCCUAAGAGUAGAACUGUCGGAGCCCUUGAAGUCUCUAAAGAGCUACGAUGCGGCUGUUGAGAAACUGGAUCGUCCCGAACUAGCUCUUCAUUUUGCGGAGGAGUGUGGAUGGGUAGUGGAAAUAUUAGAUGCAGACCUUGAGCGCGUUCGAUCCAUCUACAAUGACGCCGGAGUGCCAAACUACUAUUUGGGUCUCACCGACGGAUUCGGACUUGAUUCCCGAGUAGUUGUUAAGCACGGUGCGUCGGAGCUGCUGAAUCAGCCACUCCGUCGUACCAGUUACGAGCUGGAGAAGCUGCAAACCAAUCCGGAGUGCGCUGAGGCCGAGUAUAACAGCCUUAAAUAUCGCCAAGCGCCGCAGUACAGGGGUCCCUUGAACCUGCAGGCUGAGCUAUCUCUCAAGCGAUCCUGCGCCCCAGUUCGAGUGGCUGUGCUUCGAGAGGAGGGCGUCAACAGUGAGCGUGAGAUGAUGGCCUGCCUGCUAAAGGCAAACUUCGAGGUGCACGAUGUCACCAUGUCGGAUUUAUUGCAAGGAACCGCGAGCGUGUCCCAAUAUAGGGGACUGAUCUUCCCGGGUGGCUUCAGCUAUGCGGACACUCUAGGAUCGGCCAAGGGCUGGGCAGCCAACAUUAAAUUUCAGGCCUUCAAGCGCAGAGAAGAUGUUUUCUCGUUGGGCAUUUGCAAUGGUUGCCAACUGAUGACUCUUAUUGGAUUUGUAGGAUGUCCAGGCAGCGAGGUUGGUGUAGAUCCCGAUGUGGCCCUACUCCACAACCGAUCAGAGCGAUUCGAGUGCCGCUGGGCAACAGUGAAAAUUCCAUCGAAUCGCUCUGUCAUGCUCCCAAGCAUGAAAGAUCUAAUUCUAGGCUGUUGGGUGGCUCACGGAGAAGGUCGUUUUGCAUUCCGAGAGGAGAAGCUCAUAAGCGUACUGCAGUCGGCUGAGUUGGUGACACUGCAAUAUGUUGAUGAUACAGGCGAGCCCACUGAACUCUAUCCACUUAAUCCGAACGGCAGCCCUAGGGGAAUUACUGGACUUUGCUCGACUGAUGGACGUCAUUUGGGUUUAAUGCCGCACCCAGAGCGUUGCUCGGCUAUGAACCAGUGGCCAUAUGUUCCACCUUCUUUCGAAGUUUCCCCCAAACAGGCUGAGAGUCCUUGGCAGAUUAUGUUUAACAACGCAUACAAUUGGUGUGUUAAUUCGGAUUCAUAAAAAUCCUACCGGUAAAAGAAAGAUAUACAUUCUACAGAACACGAAUUUGUCUACUAAUUUUAUACAUAAUACCUUUAACACCUGUAAACUUUUUACGCCCAAUAAAAGUACAUAAAAACAUAUAA